GGUUUGCAGUACUUUAGGAUUUAAUUUAAGUCUUUACAGCUAUAAAAUGAGUUUAUUUUGUUUUCAUAAGACAUCAAAUUUUGAAAUAAAACGAUGUGAUAAGUGGGUUAGAUUUAUGACGACACAUUCUACAAUUAAUAAGAAAGAAACAAAAUUAAUGAAGAGAUUUUUUAGUUCAAACAUUAUAUUUAUUGUACUUCUUAUUAUUUUGGGAUCUCAAGCGAAUAAUAUUUUAUUUAUUAAGCAGGAGUUUAAUGAAUUUGAAGCAGAAAUAGAUGCUAAAAUAUCUCAUUUACGAGAUAUUAUUGAUCGUAUUCAGAAAGGAGAAAAUCUGGAUAUUUCUAAGGAACUCGGUACAGGAGUUGAUGAAAAGGAAAAAGAAUGGUUUAAAGUUAUAGAACAAGUAAUUAAUCAAGAUGAGCGAUGGGAACGAAUUAAAUAAAAAAGAGGGGAAAGAAUUGAUUAUAAUAUUAAAAUCGAGGACUUU